UAAGAUCUCACACCUACCCACCUAUAUACCAGCUAGUUAUUCUCAAAUCCACGAUUCCUAAACUCAAAGCAAGCGAGUCACGUGUCAGCACCCCUGGGCGCAAAAAGCCAAGCCCAGCCCAGGCCCGAGAGUUUCGCGAGCGCGAGAAAAUGCCGAGAUAUGGCUUGAACGAUCGAUCCUUUAAAGUACAGGAGUGGAGAGGAAUGAGAUUGUUGAAAAGUAUAAAGGGAGAGUGAUGGUCGUGUUUGAGGCGAGAGGAGAAAUUAUAUAUUCAUACCAUCGGGAUUUUAAUUAUCUAUUUUGGAUUUGGACGAGCCAAGGACUUUUAAUUAAGCGAUUACCCCUUUGUAAUUGAGAUACAUACUUUACUACUUUACUACCACGGAACGCGAGUAAAGAAAGUCUUAUUCUAAUUUCCCUCAUCACGGAAUACGAAAUCCCAAACCCAAAAUGGGUUCACAAUGCAAUGAAUGUAUCAAGGUACAUCUACCCACUCCCACUUUCUCCCCCGAAAAACCUUAACUAAUCCCACCACUCCAGGGAACGAUCCACGCCGGCCUCCCCAUCGGCCAUGAAGAAACCGUCCACGGCUUGAACACCUACGUCGUCGGCAACCCCCUCACUACACGCGCCACAGUAGUAAUCUACAGCGACAUAUUUGGGCAUCUCCUCCCCAACAACAAACUCCUUGCCGACGCCUAUGCGGCAUCGGGAGAAUAUCUCGUGUACCUCCCUGAUUUUUUCGAAGGCGAUCCUGUAAAUCUGAAGGUUGCUGAUUUAUUGAUUCCCGUUGAUGCGACAAAACAAGGAACAUUGGGGAAAUAUACGGGGAUUUUGGCUAGUAUGCCUAGUUUUUUGAUGUGGAUGGGAAGACACAAGGAAGCGAGAUGUACGACUGUUUGUAAUGGAUUUCUUGAGAAACUGAGGGUUGAGACGAAACGGGAGAGGAAAAUUGGGAUGGUUGGCUUUUGUUGGGGAGGAAGAUAUGCAAUUCGUGCUGCCCUUGAGGAGAAUAUGGUUUCGAUUGAAGGAGAGAAGAAACCAUUGAUUGAUGCAGUGGUGGCUUUGCACCCGAGUAAUUUAGUGUUUCCAAGGGACGUAGAUGGAUUGGUUGUGCCAGUAAGUUAUGGAUGGGGGGAGAAUGAUGUUGCGGUUAAUAUUAAGUCGAAGGGUAUCAUUGAGGAGAUUCAUAGGAAGGAGGGCGAGAAGGGGAGGAGCGUACCGGAGAUGGAACAUCGGGUUUACAAACCUGGACGUCAUGGCUUUGCUGUAAGAGGUAAUCCUGAUGAUCCUCAAGAGAGGGCAUGCUUGGAGGAUUCGAUGAAUCAAGGCUUACAGUGGUUAGGGAAGUGGCUUUGAUUUGCAAUUGAUAGGAGGUAACUGGAGUUUUGGUGGGAACUGUUUCUUUGAGAAUAAUAUGAAAUAGAUUACCUGGUUUUGUAAUAUUUCCCAGAAACUAUGUUCUUGAAAUCAUACGGUCUCAAUGUCUCUUGUUUCGCUUCUAACCGUAACAAACAACUAAAAUUUCAAAUGCUAGUAUAAUAAGUUUCAUUGAAAUGACUCCGGCGUCUUCUUUGAGCUGGAAUCGGAAGGAAAAGACAGCAGAAGAAAUCAGAUUGACAUCGAUUAUUGCUUGAUAAAUGAGGAAAUAUAUGAAUGAGUAUAUGAAUGAUGAGUACAUGUGGCGAAAUGAAAUGAAAAUAUGGGAAAAUUCUCAUU